UCCGCACCAUAGAUAAACGAGAUAGAGGGAUUGGAAACGACAAAACUCCUCGAAUACUAUCCGCGUUUCGCUGCGGUUUAAUCGAGGCUUACGUUUGAUUAUGGCUGAGGCUCAGGCUAGGACAAAGACACCUUCAAACAAACCAUCUAUGAAGAAGCCAUCGAACAAGAAAAUAGAAGACGAGUUGGAAAUUGUGUUGAAUGCUAUUGGAUGUGUGUUAAAGACGGAAGAAGAAAUUGAUGUUAAAGUAGAAAGUAAAAGAUCUAUACAACAAGUUGUGGAAUUGUCACAGUCAGCUGAAAAGAAGGCCAUACUUCAAACAUUUUGUCUGGAACUAGUAGCUGUGAUAAACAAAACACUGAAGCACUUUGGGAGAGUCAGAGAACACACAGCAAAAGAGCGAGCUCAAACAUUAUUCUUCACGUCAUCACAGCAGGAACUACCUGGUGUAUGGAAACAUGGUUGUGCCCAGCUAGGAAUAUCAGUUGUCAGUGUACAUCAACAGCAGUCAGUAAAUCGAGUUUUGUUCGAAAAAGUUUUGGCUAGGAGUCUAAGUCACUGUGAAGAUAAUUCAAGUAAGCUUACCCGUAAACGAGAAGAUCUUUCAUGUGACGAAUGUAAUGCUGUUAGAUAUGCAGCCGGCUAUACAACAAAAAAGCUAUUAGAAGUGUAUAAAAAAGUUAAUUCAUGUACUGCUGCUAACUUUGUUGAAUGUCUCUCUCAAAUGAAAAUGGUGGGUCAUCGACAUGGAAGUAUUGAAGACUGCUCUUUUUACGACUUUUCAAUGGAAUGGAUGGCAAACAUUGACAGAGGUGGACUGUUCUACGUAGAUGACAAAAGUUUUAUGCUGUUUAAAGCUAUUGAAAUAAAAACACAAGAAUUGCUCCCACAGCACUUACGAACACAACAAACGAGCAGUAAGGAGUUGAUUGCUGAAGUAGUAGCCGAUGAUGAUGUACAAUUUUGGUGGUCUAUGAUAUCCAUUGACAUUGAUUUAGAGAUUGAACAAUCACAAUUGCUGGAGGAGAUAAUUGAAAAGUGGAUAACUAUGAGAGGUUUUUCAAUGGUGUCUUCUUGGCUUGAGCAGUACAAGCUAGCCAAGCAAAAGAAUGUCAAAAGAUCAAAAAGUCUCAGAAAAGAUCUCAGUACUGACUAGCUGUAGCUGUGUACAUGUAUUAAUACUUUGGUGCAAUAUUAUGUUUCUCUCGUUUUAGG